AGAGAGAGAGAGAGAGAGAGAGCGAGAGAGAGAGAGAGAGAGAGCGAUUACAGCGCCAGUCGCGGUGUGUGCUGUGUGCGCGUGAGGAGGUAACGGAGCGCGGUGUUUUCACGGAGAGCUACAGUAUACAGAUAAACAGAGCGAGAGAGAGAUAGAGAGAUAGAGAGAUAACGGGAGGAAGGAAAGGAGAGAUUCCCGGUGGAUGUGUAAAAUGGCGCGAGGGCGCGCGACUCCCGGGGACCAGCGCUUGUCGUAGGUCGCAGGAGGUUUCAGAGGACGCCGCGUUCUCUCCUCUCCUCUUUUCUCUCCUCCUCUCUCCUCCUCUCCUCUCCUCCUCUCUCCGGUGUGGCUUUGUUUUUAUCCGCGCACACUUGGGAAAGUGAUGAACAUGGCGACGGGAAGGCGCCUCCUGGCUGCUGCGCGUCUGCUCGGCAUCUGGCUCGCUGCUUUUGUCGGCGUGACCCGUGGAGCCGAGCUGUCCUUCACUCUGGAGCCCAGUGACAUCAUCGCGGUUCAGAACCAGCCGUUGAUGCUGCACUGUCAGGUGGAAGGGAUUCCACCAAUCAGCACGCAGUGGAGGAGGAACGGCGCGCCCUUACUGGAGGAUGAGAACUACGCCACGUUCAUUAACGGCUCGCUGCUGAUUGGCCGAUUCCAGAGGAGCAGGAGCGACGGCUCUUCAGACGAGGGAGACUACGAGUGCCUGGCCCAGAAUUCCUUUGGGCUGGUCGUCAGCCGCAAGGCCAAAGUGCAGGCUGCAACGCUGGCGGAUUUUCACGUGCACCCGCGCUCGGUGCGAGCGGACUUAGCCGGCGUCGCACGUUUUCAGUGCCAAAUCCACGGCCUGCCCGAGCCGGUCAUCAGCUGGGAGAAAGAUGGCCGAGCUGUGGACACGAGUGACGAGAGGUACACACUGUUACCCACAGGUGUGUUACAGAUUACAGGUGUUCGCCCAGAGGACGGCGGAGUGUUUUGCUGCGUCGCUCACAACAGUGCAGGAGUCAAACACAGCGCUGGAGCUCGGCUCACUGUCUCAGGCUCACAGUCUUCUGUUUACAAAGACCCCAUGAUCCUCGUCGGCCCGGAGAACCUCACUCUCACCGUGCACCAGACGGCCAUCCUGGAGUGUGUGGCUACGGGAUUUCCCCGCCCCAUCGUGUCCUGGAGCCGCCUCGACGGGCGUCCGAUCGGCGUUGAAGGCAUCCAGGUGCUGGGUACAGGCAACCUGAUGAUCUCUGACGUCCGUGUGAAACACUCAGGCGUCUACGUCUGCGCGGCCAACAAACCGGGAACCCGUCUGCGUCGAACAGCUCAGGGUCACCUGGUGGUGCAGGCUCCAGCAGAGUUUGUUCAGCCUCCUCAGUCCAUCGCACGGCCUGUGGGCACCACCGCCAUCUUCACCUGCCUGGCACAGGGUGAGCCUUCUCCUCAGCUCACAUGGCUAAAGAACGGCCAGAUCCUGGAACCCGGUGGUCACGUCAAGCUCAGGAACAACAACAGCACGCUGACCAUCUCCAGCAUCAGCCAGGAGGAUGAAGCGAUAUAUCAGUGUAUAGCGGAGAACAGCGCCGGCUCGUCUCAGGCCAGCGCCCGUCUCACGGUCCUGUGGGCCGACGGGUUACCGGGCAUCCCGACCGGAGUACGCGCCGACGCCCUCUCGCCAACCUCCAUACAGGUGUCGUGGAACGAACCAGCCCAAAACACACAGGACAUCAUCGGCUACGUGCUGCACAUCCGCAAGACCGCAGACCCGAUGGAAAUGGAGUAUCAGGAGGCGGUGAGUAAAGUCACCCUCCAGCAAGUGGUCGCCGAUCUCGAACCUUCCACGAGCUACAGCUUCUACGUGAAGGCGUACACCUCGCGUGGAGCGAGCAAAGCCUCCGCCACGGCCCAGGAGAACACGCUCGGAGAAGUUCCGGCUCCUCCGUAUCUCCACACUAAGAUGGUGAACUCCAGCGUGGUGCAGGCGGUCUGGGAGCCGUCCACUAAGAUGGGUCAGCACGACGGCUUUAAGCUUUAUUACCGCAAAGCCCAGGAGCCGCGGUACACGGGCCCCGUCACCUUCUCCCGCAACGUCACACACUACGACAUCUCUCUGAUGGAUCCAGCAGCGGUGUAUGAGAUCAAGGUUCUUGCGUUUAAUCAGUACGGAGAUGGAAACGCAACACUGCGCUUUGUAUCUCUGAAGGACGCAGUGGAGAAGUCAGUCUCGAACCCUCCAUGUGACUGUAUCAAGGAAGAGCAAAAUAAAAGUUCCGCUACCGGCAUCAUCAUCGGUAUCCACAUCGGUGUCACCUGCAUCAUCUUCUGUGUCCUCUUUCUCAUGUUCAGCUACCGGGGAAGGUUAAUGGUGUGUAAGACUGCUCAGGCUGCUCCUCAGGUGGGACGUGAUGCGACGGUUCCCGCAGCAGCCGUGGUUCUGGAGUCUUCCUCGUCUUCACAGGGAACUCUGGCCCUCAACGGCCUGCACACGUCCAGCAUCGACAGUAACGGUGUGAAGUGCAUCGGCGUCUCGAGUGAGAGGGAAACACUCGUCUCAGGUCCAACUGAUGCCACGCACAUGAUGGAAAACUUGCUGGUCUCCUGUUCGCUAAACGAAACUCAGAUGUCCACGCUUCCUCUGGAUGAUUUCAGCCUGAUGGAGGAACGCCAGGUACCUUAUCGUACUGAAGUCCAGGCAGACGAAGGAUAAACGUGAGCUCUUGUGGUCAAAAUCCACUCAGUAAAUUCCUCUCCCUCUCAGGUCAACCGGAAGAUUUCCUCUUUUCAUUUUUGUUUAUUUGAAUUUCAUAGAGUUUAUCAGUUAAAUACAUACAUUUACAGGGAAUUCCUUGGACUCUAUAACCGGGAGAGCGUUAAAAAAAAAGAAGAAGGUGUAACUCAGCCACGGACUGAUUUCAUCAUUGGAAGGGAAAUAAAUGUUUAUUUUCUGUGAAAAGAAGAGUCCUGCUGCCUGCUCUCAGCCUGCCAAUGAUUUCACAACCCCAUCCAGCGAAGACUUCAGCCUUUUCUCCAGGGAUUUUAAACUGCUCCUAUUAUCUCAGGAUGUUUUUUCUUCCACAAUAUCAAUAUAUUUUUCUUUAUAAAAUGCCUCCGGGUUUUAAAUCAUGGCGCCUCCCCACCCACCCCCCUCCACACACACACACACCCGCACCCCUCCUCCCCCGAAUCCUGGGGUGUACAACAGAAACCUACCUCAGCCGGAAUGAAUGUGUUGUAGGAAGCUUUUUGUUUUGUUUUGUUUUUGUUUGUGUUCGGUCAGAAAACAAGAAGAAAACAAGAAGAACGUGUGCCGCACUACCUCAAACACCAAGAACCACCGUUCGUCUCCUCUCGUGUAAGGGAACAGGAGGAGGAAAAAUAUCCAACAUAUAGCACUUCCAAUCGUUGAAGUCAAUGUUCUACCUCAAGAUAACGACGCGGUUGUUGUCGCUGUGCUUUGUUUUGUUUUGUUUUUAAUAAUGAAAUGUAUUUCUUUCUUUCUUUUUUUUUUCUUUCUUUUUUUUUUUUUGGUGUGCGCGCGCGCGCGCGCGCGUGUGUGUGUGUGUGUGUGUGUGUGUGUGUGUGUGUGUGCGUACCUCAUUCAACUUCACGGAUGCCGUCGUUAUAAAUUCUGCCAUUUCUUUUCCACAUUGUGUAGGGUUUGUAUGUAUUUUUUGUAUUUAAAAAAAAAAAAAAAAAAAAAAAAAAACCCAUACAGUUUAGUCGAAUCUAAAGACUGUUAGAGAUGCGUUGCACUUCUACUAAUAAUUUCAGGAUCCAUUUUUAUUCCAUUCACCGUGUGUUAUGAAGAGAAGAUGAGAUGCUGUAUAUCAGACACGAACACUGUAUGUAUGUAUGUAUGUAUAAAACAUCCGUGUGGUGGACGUCUGUGAUUGUACUGUCUGAGAAUAUGAGAAUAGCGGAGAGCGAAUAAUAAUAAUAAUAAUAAUAAUAAUAAUAUAUUUGUAAAUAUAUAGAUAUGGAAGUCAAGCACAGAUUUUAUCAUGGUGGGAAUCUAGACCCGGUGAAAUGGCCGGAUGUCAGUAAUACGACUUUGAUGCGGUGCGCCGCCGUUCGUCAACGUCGCGGUGCGAUCACUUCAUCAGGAAUCAACACGUAAAUAAAUAAAUAAAUAAAUCCACAAAGCCCGGCCUGUCAGAGCAGACGGGAAGUGCGUGACCUGUCCAUCAACUGCCAAGCGAAGCUCCUCCCCCAACAAUAAACCAGAGAAUGAAUAGAGCUACAUUACACACAUUUCUCUCUCACACACACACACACCUCUCACACACAUGCUAAGCUGGGCGCAUUGAAGAAAUGGACAUCCUAAGGAUGUGUUCAUACUUUUAGCCUUAACACAAAUAUUAUUUAUAUUUUAUACAAUACAUUCACAUCACAGUGAAGCGAAAUGUUUCCUUUGCAAGGGGGCGUGUCACUGAAAUGCAAACAGGUUUAGCGAAGAUUAGCAGAUUGUAUAUAACUGCUAUAUACUGUAUAUAUAUAUAUAUAUAUAUAUAUCGUCGUUCAUGUUUCCGAAAAUGAAAUGCAUUCCAAACGAUGUUCCGGUGAAGAUCUCUACAUGAUAUUUAUCACGAUGUUUGUUUUUCUCAAGGGUUUGAAGACAAAAGUGCGAUGUUUUGUUGCGGGAUUUUUAGGCAGCAUUUAUAAUAUGAAAAGUAUGCUACAAAGACAUGGAGGGAAACGGUUGCGUGGUGGUCUGGGGAAAGCCUCCAGGAAGAAUUUUGGAAGAUGUGGAAUACCAAAAAGUGACAAAAACUGAUUUUUUGACCAAAAUUAUUUCAUGCUAAUAAUAUAUUUUCGCGCGUCUGCUUUAAGUGUUUUCUUCGUCUUUGUAGCACGGCACAAAUUUGAUUAAUUGAUGAAUUUAUAGUCUUUUUAUCCAUUUAACGUUUACGGAAACAAGGUAGUUCCCUCGCCGGGCCUUUCUUGUUUUCUCUCACAAAGUCGAUAAGACAGAAAACACAGCUUACGUUCACGAGAGCGUAUAAACCCCGCGUAAAAGACUAUCACAAAAGUGUCUUUGUUUUAAACGACAGCUAAACCUAACACAGAUGCUGUGGCUCGAAUGUGGAAGCCAGCCAAAAAGGAUUCAGAAUUUGACCAAAAUUUUCUACAAAUAACUGUUUCACACCUCGACUUUAAAAACAACAAAACAACAAACAAACAAACAAAAAAAAACAACGUAAAUAUAUUUUACCAAAAAAAAGAGAGACGGAAAUGUUUUUCUUUACGCUACUUUCAAUCCAUGCUUUGGCUAACUUCCUGUGAAGAUCAUAUCCAAUCACAUCACGUCGUAACGGAAAAAUCGUCUAUUGCAGGACUCUGGUCAAACAUGUUGAGAUUUCACCAUGGGAAGGGUUUUCCCAGGCCGCCUCGCAUCAUUUUAAAGCCCAGUCAGUGACUCUUUUCUGUUUGGAUCAUGAAUCACGGAUCACUGCUAUUACACCGUGAGUGCGACUCCACUGAAUUUUUCCCUGCUCUCGUUGCACGCUCGGCGCCGCUCUGGCUCCGUCAGGAUUUUCGCCUGUCUCCAGAAAAAUAAAUAAAUAAAUACGACCAGGACCAAAAAUGCUGUUCAUCACUGCAAUGUGAAUGAUACAGUCCACGUUUUUGCCUGUAUUCAUCAGCCUAGACUGUAGUUACGCUGUACAGCAAACUAAGGAGUCAGGUUAUUGCCUAUAGAACUAUGGUGAUUGUUUUAGUGGCAUAUUUUUUGGUAGUUUGGACAGUUUCCGUCUCCAGAACGUAGUGUGAACAAGUCAUGAGUUUUCCACCACCCGGUGUGGCGUGGUACAAAAAAAAUCCCUCAUCGCUCAUUUGCUCAUCAUUUCCACUGCCAAGUCGUACUUGGUUAUCCUUCUUACCAGGUUCCGAAAUGUCCCAAUCAGGGAUGUGUGGGUGGAGCUAAUAAUAAUGCUGGUCACUGAUUGGUCGAACGCAGUCAUCAUGGAAUCAUCAACGGCUUUUCCAAUGUUUCCGUCUUUUAAAAUCUUUUCAAAAAGGAUUUUAUCAUUAUCAGAGGCGCCAGUUAUCUACGGUUUAGCCUUAGCGUUUACUAUAUUUGUACUCUCGCUAUGGCGAUACAGGAGACGCCUUUAACCUAUGUGUGGCAGCGAGGGCGUGGCGCGGUCAAGCGCCGACCGUCAAUGGGAGAAGGAAGGAAUCGCGGCGAACGAGCGGGUAAUGAGUGAGUGGUCACACCUCAUUAUACAAUUGGUAUAAAAAAUAGUUUUUAAUGUCCAGUAACGAUGGAGUCUGAUGAUAAUGCGUAAGCUUAUAAUGUCGUUAUAUCACAACACUGAUAUCACCACCUCCGUCUGUUUAAGGCGAGACACUAACUGGGUCUUUUUUCAAAUGAAAGUAAAAUUGAUAUCACAAUGUAUCUUUAUAAGAUUAAUUGCUGAUAUUUUGACAACUGUUUAUCCAAAUGAGGCGUCAUCUAAUUAAAAAUGCAUACAUUUGCAUACUUAAUAAAAUCAAAAAUCUGGUCUUUGGGAAAUCCCCGUGUAAUAUCCUUCUAAAUUUAAAUCCUAAAUUUGUUGAUUGCAGCUUAGAUUUUGGUUUUGUUUUGUUUUUUUGGUGGGAGGGGGAGGGGGGGACGACUAAAGGAAAAAAAGAAAAUGAAAACAUAUAUCAUGACCCGUUGCACUGACAUAAAGCAGGAAACAUUUGACAUGACGCGUGUGAUUGUGCCGAGUAGGCGGAGCUUAAACCUGCUUCCUUGGUUCACAUAACGUGGUAGCCGGAAGCAGACAAAAACAUUAUAUUUUUUGUGGAAUUUAGAUAUUUAUAGUUGUUAUUAUCGUUGUUGUUAUUGUUGUUUAGCCCAGUACAGUGUAACCUUAUAUCGCAAUUCAUCCAAAAAUCCAAACAAACAAAAAACGGUGGAUUAUUUCUACCUGUAGUGUCUCACCUUAAAGAAACAGGAGGAUCUCUUUAAUCAGGAUGCAACACUAUGCUGGAUCUCCUUUUCCUUUCUGUAUUGAUCUAUAAAAUAUCACGUCUGAUAUCCUACCUCCUGCUCUCAGGCCAUUACUCGAGUGGGGAAGAUCCAAGUCGAGCUGGUUUUCAUACUCGUACAGUAUAUCUCUGUGUGGAUGUAAACGUAUCGUAGGCGUAUGCUCUCUAAAGGUCUAUAUUUAAUACGUGUUUUAGGGUUAACGCUCCGUAUCUGUGGUCUGCCUCGAGUCUCUGUAAUGAUGUGUAAAGCAGCGGUUCUCAAACCUUUCUUCGGUCGAAAACCUACUUCAUCGAUGUUAAUGUCUAACGGAAAAGGCGGGGAAAGAAAUACUCGAGGUGCUUUCACACGUGCCAUGUUUGUUUUGAUUUUGUUUCGUUUUUACACCUGACCUAUGGGAAACCUGGCUGCUUUUAAAAAGCACUGACGCUAGUCGUUUUUUUUUGUUGUUUUUUUUUGCUUACGCCGUUAAAAAAAAAAAUCCACAAAAGUGACGUCAGACAAUGAAUUUUUUUUAAUCGCACACAUUGGGGUGGCACGCGAGAAAAAUAAACGUUCCCCUGGCGAAUUAAGUGAAACUCCUAUUACCGAGGACGUUUUACAACAUCGCAAAUAUUUUCGUGCCAAUUUUGUAACCGGAAAUAAUUAGUACAUGACGUUCAGGUGUACAUGAUGUGACGUCCCUCUUUAACUGUAGCUGCAUACGGUCAAGUUUAUAUCUGCACCGUUGAUAAUAAUACACCUAACCUAGACAGAAAGCUAGGAACAGUUAGUUAGCCGAUACUAGCUAGGACUGGUUGUCAUGGUUACAGUGUACACUUGGCACGAAUGGCCUCUCUCCUGUAAUUACUUUCCUUCUAUACACUUCGCUAGCUUUCUCUCAAGCGAUCGACGUUACGUACAAGAGACGUCGGGUCGUUUUGAUGACAUCACAGCUCGUUAAUUGGGCACUUAGUGGCCGUGAAUCGGGACUGGUUUCAAUAACGCCUAUAUUUUUAAACACGUCCGUGUUUUGAAAAAGGAUCCGAACGAAGCAUUUGACCGAAUUUGAAAUGACGCAUGGCGUAGAGAUGAACGCGCCGAAGCACGGUUUGAACGCGCCGAAGAUAAAAUAUGUGCGGUUGCCAACUUUAUGCAUGUUAACGCCAACCUAAAGCACAUCACGCGAUGAAAAUCCACUCGAGUGGUUAGAUACACAUUAGCGCAAAAGGAAACGAAACAGCAAAGUAAUGUAGAAACGUCAUUAAUAGAAAUGAGAUCUAUCUCUGAAUUCUAGAGCAGUGUUUGUAGGCUAGAUGAAACGUAAGACAAGGCUGAUAAACAGCUGCUGUGAACAUCUGCGACACCACCCGUGAGCCCCUUGUUGCGUUUACUCUCAUGAAAAAAACAGCAUCUGUGGUGAGCUUGUUAAAAGGUUUCGCAACCUUGUUUUCUUGUGAUUUUUUUUUUUCUCUUUAUUUCUCCGAUCUUACAGUCUUUUUAUCUGCAAAAGGUCUUAAUCUGUAAAAAAGUGUACAUUUCAGUGACUCAGCUACAAAUUGCAGAAGGAUCCCUGAUGUAAUGUUUAUGUUUAUGGUGGUGGUAAUGGUGCAUACGUUGUAUCUCUGCCGCCUUGCAAGAGAACGUUUCGGUUUUCGUAAAGCGUGUAAGUAAGGUGUUUAUCCAGAACGAGCCACCAGAACAGCUCCUUAGCAUUGAGUCUACAAGUCUCUGUACCGGAGCGAUGAACACCAUUCUUCUGAAAGGUUUUCCCUCAGUCGGUGGUAGAGAGACUGAUGGUGGUAGCGCGUCGCUCCAAAUGAUGGUGGUAGAGAGACUGAUGGUGGUAGCGCGUCGCUCCAAAUGAUGGUGGUAGAGAGACUGAUGGUGGUAGCGCAUCGCUCCAUAUGAUGGUUGUAGAGAGACUGAUGGUGGUAGCUCGUCGCUCCAAAUGAUGGUUAUAGAGAGACUGAUGGUGGUAGCGCGUCGCUCCAAAUGAUGGUGGUAGAGAGACUGAUGGUGGUAGCGCGUCGCUCCAAAUGAUGGUGGUAGAGAGACUGAUGGUGGUAGCGCGUCGCUCCAUAUGAUGGUUGUAGAGAGACUGAUGGUGGUAGCGCGUCGCUCCAAAUGAUGGUUAUAGAGAGACUGAUGGUGGUAGCGCGUCGCUCCAUAUGAUGGUUGUAGAGAGACUGAUGGUGGUAGCGCGUCGCUCCAUAUGAUGGUUGUAGAGAGACUGAUGGUGGUAGCACGUCGCUCCAAAUGAUGGUGGUAGAGAGACUGAUGGUGGUAGCGCAUCACUCCAAAUGAUGGUGGUAGAGAGACUGAUGGUGGUAGCGCGUCGCUCCAUAUGAUGGUUGUAGAGAGACUGAUGGUGGUAGCGCGUCGCUCCAAAUGAUGGUUAUAGAGAGACUGAUGGUGGUAGCGCGUCGCUCCAAAUGAUGGUGGUAGAGAGACUGAUGGUGGUACCGCGUCGCUCCAAAUGAUGGUGGUAGAGAGACUGAGGGUGGUAGCACGUCGCUCCAAAUGAUGGUGGUAGAGAGACUGAGGGUGGUAGCACAUCGCUCCAAAUGAUGGUGGUAGAGAGCGCUGUCGCUGUCUAACAUGUCACUCCAAAAUCUUCAAUUGGAUCGAUAUUUGGUGAGUGUGAAGUGAAGGCCAUUACGUAUGAUUUACGUAUGAUCAAACUAUUCAGCGAGAACUCUCGUUCACGAAGAAUGGGGACGGAGCCGUCCUAGAAGAAAACACGCCGUUACGAUAGAAAUGUUCGGCGUGAUUUGCGGUGACUCAGGAAAAUAAAUUAAUUAAUAAAUAAAAAAAUAACGAAAUGCCCAUGGAGUAUAACAGAGAGCCUAGUUUUUUCUUUAAUUUCUCACUCGUUUGCUUGACACGGCCAGCUCUACACCUUAUUCAGAUUUCGGUUUCUAAUCCUGUGCCCCCGUUGGUGAUCUCUGAUGGUCGUGUUUUGUUUCAGCUUCUCGGUUGUUCUCUGUUUGGAGAAGAUUAACCAGGCAGCAGGUGCUCACUGAUGGUCCUUUAGACAAAUACAGAGCAACUCAAUGUUGCUUCACAGAUACUAAGCCGAGAAAUCCGAUGGCGUCUUUAUUUUUUGGACUCUUUCUUCAGUUUUAUCCGUAUAAUCUCUAAAAAACAAAACAAAAAGGGUAUUAGUGUCCAUCCCGAUGGCCCUUUAUCAUCCUAAACAAACAGCCAACCCCGCAAUGAAUGGCCCAUUUAUCGACGGGUUUCUCGCUGCCCCGAAAUUCCCAUCGGGAGGACGACUCGGAGACGACCCCAUUAGCAUGUAGCAACGUCGGGUUAGCGGCGCCACCAUGGCAACCUCGACGCAUUCAGACUCUGUAAAGCAAACAUCGUUUUGUGUGGGUCGCCGUCUGAGCUCUGUGAGUGCUGUCAAUCAAAGACAGGAUCUAACGUGGCGCUAACAUGGUGCUAAACACGUGGAUUAUCCUCUUCACGGUUUGUUUAUCACACACCAUUAAUCAUGACAAUAUCCGAGUAGACACGAGUCCACUGCUUAAAAUAUGAAAGCGUCAACACGUAAAACUCAACAUGGCGGCUGCAUCACGUAAGUCCCGUGUCUUCAUUAAAAAGAGCCAAUCAUCUUGUGAUUAAGAGAUUAAGAGGAAAUUCCUGACCUAUCAGGUUCUUACACUGACACAUUCACAUAUAAGAUGCAUUGCACUGUUAUGACUCUGUAUGUUUUAUUUGUGUCAUUCGAGGCAAAGACGCCACAUUAUUUUUACGCCAUUUUUUGUCCAAUUUAACAAUGAUUUCAAAUCCGCGCCAUCUUGUUGAUCCGUUUCCCGAGAGCGUGGCCUAGAUGGCCGACAGAGUGGACAGACGGUACACUCCGUUUAAUUGUGUUAGCAAUGUUAGACUUAGCAAUAUCUGUGUUAUAUUGAACCUCAGUGGUACUGAUAAGAUUGAAGCAUUUUGCUCUGUACAUUAAUGAUCAGUUUGGCUUUUUUGCUAAUAAAGUAUCUGGUGCUAUCCAACUCAGUGAUGAAAUCAGCUGCUGUUUCUUUCUGUUUGCAGUUCCAAAAAUUCAGUUACUCAUUAUUUAUCGGGAAAAUUCCACGAGCUGUCUAUCUCUCAGCGAAAAAAAACGUUAUUGUUUGUGCACUCGAAUAAAUUCCAUGCUUGCACUCCCUUUUUUUUUCGGAUUUCAACUUGCAACCUUUUCUGAAAAGGAAUCCUUCUGCUGCAGGGUUCUACACGGGACCUUCAAGCAUUCCUCUGGGUGAACAGAGCACCUUUUUCCCCCGAAAAAUGUAGACGGUGGUUUUAGUCAUUUUUAAAAAAAAAUUAGUUGCUUAAAUGACAACACCUACAAAAGUGGUGGAUUAAAUGAUAUAUCAGCAAUUCAACACAUAUUCAAUUUCAUGGAAUCCUCAUUCAGAACUCCGUAUAUUUUAAAUGAUGUUGAAAUACGAAUGAAAUCUUUUGAGUCACUUACGACAGGUGCUACAUCGAUUUCUUUCUAGAUAGCGCCGUAUUAUUAUUGUUAUUAUUCACCUAGUGGUCAAAAAUGGGAACUUCACAUAGAGGCCCACUGGGGCAGGAAUCACGCUGCCCCUGCUCAGUCGAGAACAGUGUCAGUUUGGACAUUUUCAGAGGAGGAGGAGCAGCAGACAGGACGGUUGAUCACAAGGUCGAGGCUUUUAUGCCAGAUUCAGAAUCAGGAUCCGAAUCAGAACGAGCUUUAUUGCUUAGUACUUUUACACACAUCAGGAAUCUGUCUUGGCGACAGGAGCUUCCAGUGCAGAGGGAAAAAAAUGGAACAUCACACAAUAUGUAUAAUAAAUAAAUCAAUCAAUAAAUCAAUAAAAUUCAAUAUAAUACAGUACUAAAGACAUAGCGAAAAUAGACAGGAUUAUAUAUGUACAGAUAUGCUAUUAAAGAUAUACAAUU